AACUUAUUAAAUAGAUGGGAUGGACCUUGAGUUUGGUGGAUUGGUGAUUAAUCUAGAAAAGUUCAUCAGGGUAUAAAAUCAAGUUUACUGCGUCAGUGGACUGGGCUAAUUGUAGAUGAGAAGCAUGUUUAACAACAAGGGGAAGAACUCCAACACAGUCCCUUCAGACAGUCAAGCCAAGGAGAAACUGGCGUUGUAUGUGUACGAGUACCUGCUGCACGUGGGGGCCCAACAAGCUGCACAGACGUUUUUAAGUGAGAUACGAUGGGAGAAGAACAUAACUCUCGGCGAGCCUCCUGGAUUUCUGCAUUGCUGGUGGAGCGUGUUCUGGGAUCUCUACUGUGCAGCUCCUGAGAGAAGAGACUCUUGUGAUCACAGCCCAGAAGCCAAAGCAUUCCAUGAUUAUCAGCACUCCCUCAACCCCGGAAACGGACCACCUCCGCCUAAUAUGAUGCCAAUGCCAGGAGGAGCAGGCCCUGACGGUAUCCCGGUCACAGGUCCACAUCCAAUGUUUUACUCAUCGCCCCACUUCGGACCUCGGCCAUUCGGACCUCGUCCUGCUCCACUUAGAAACAUGUCACCUUCUAUGGUAACCCAACAUAUGAUGGACCCUUCUAGACCGGAAAUGAUUGGACCUCAUGGUUCUAUCGCGGCCAUGUCUCCUCGAAUGCCCUCGCCAGUCGCACCAGUAAAUUCACGAGGUGGUACCUCUGUCUCCGGAGCUACAACCCCAGUGGCCAACGCAAUGCUUAGUCCGCAGUUCAUGCGUCCUCCCCCACAGAACAUGCCCCCUUCGGCACCACCUUCCGGUGCCUCAGCACCAAAUCCUAUGGGCGGAGUCAAUAGAAUGUCUCCAAGGCCAUGGUCCGUUAAUUCGCGCAUGAGUCCUGGUCCUAACGGAGGUCCCGGAACUCCAGGUAGUAUCAUGCAACCAAGUCCACAAAGUAUGGAUGGAAGUGGAGGUCCGAGUUCCCAGAACGGCCCACAGAACGAUCCGUUUUCAGUAAUGCAGCGAGGUCCUCCACCACCGCCUAGCGGAAACUCUGCAUCGGGUGGUGGAAACAGGCCUCCGUCAUCGGGUCCUCCUGGUCCUGGAUUUUCACUGCCUGGAGCGUCGGCAGGAAGUGCAAAUUCUAGUGAACCUAUGCAGCAGAGCCAGGCUCCUUCGACCCCACUGCAUUCACAAACUUCAGUUUCUUCGGAACCGACAUCGGGUCCCGGACCAGGGGAUACAAUGGAGUCAGCUGCUAUCCUAAAAAUCAAAGAGAGCAUGCAAGAAGAAGCGAAACAGUUUGAGAAACCAGACGAAGGAUCCGAAUUUUACGGUUGACGAAGAUUUAAUGGCUUCUAAUGAGCACCAUCCUAGAGACAAGUCAAGGCGUGGCUUCUUUACAUGACUGGUCUUGUGUUUCCGUGUUCUUUUGAGAGGCAUCACAGCAUUACGGGGUACAAACAACGCAAGUUGGCCGUCGUUAUCUAUUUUUCUCUGUUUAUUGGACAUCCCCACUUCAAACUUUUGUAUCAUUUUUUUUCUUCCAGUGUAAUAAUUAGUUUUCAUUUACUUUUUCUAAUAGUUAAUUUCAGUCGCCAUCAAAUGGCUGACUCAUUCUUGUUAAAAUAUCUUCCGAUGAAGUGAGUCAAUCGGCUUUUAAAAGAUGAAACACGAUUUUUGUAACGCCAUUUUGUUUCUGCUGUGAUUUUAACGACAUUUGCAGUGUUAGUAGUUAGAUUUACGAGUAAGUGUAUGAUGUACAAUAACCAACAGAUUUUGAUACAAUAUAUUAUGAGCUGCUGAAGUUAUUUAUUUUUUGCUCUUUGGCAAUAUUUCAUUUCUCCUUAUCAUUUUUUUGUGAUUUUAUU